GACACACAUACACACACGCAGACACUGCGCGCUCUCGACCACAGAACGCGCAACAAGCGGACCAGCGGAUGAAGCGAGAGCGCGCACUCGGAGAGCAGAGGACGGACGGACGUAAAGCGAGCGGGAAACCACGACUGUUUUUGUGUGUUUUUCCCCUCCUUCAAGAAUAUCAGUAUUUUUUUAGGUUUUAGGUUCAUUGAUAAAAAGAGGGCAUAAGAGCAUCUGCCCUCGCUGAUGAUCAUUAUUCGUCGCUAAGAUGCAUUUUCACAUCGACGCUAUUUGGCGCUAACUGCAAAGAAGGAUGCUUUGGAACAAUGUCGGAGGAAAAUGCGCGGUCUUGACAACAAAAACGAGGUUCGCUUAGGUGUAGCCGACGACUGACGUCCACAUUGUGUAUUUUCGGACCAUACAAGGCCGUCAGCCCGUGGUGUCCGUGGGCAUGAGCGCCGUGGGAAUGAGGGUGCCAACGUGACGCACCGUGCAGCGGGGACGUCAUCGAGUGGACGGAGGUCCAGCAGAGAGUCCUCAUCACUGGAGGAGGGAGGAAGAGGAGGAGGUGGGGGGCGCCCAGUUGUUGUUGGACCCCUAAUGACUGCAGCCAUCACCACUGCCUAGAGAGAAGAUUGCAUUGGUUUUAAUGCAACGGACAGUGUAGUAGUGGAGGGAGCAGAGAAACGGGAGGAUGGAGACGCAGUGAGCGAGGAUUGACGGCUCUCCCUACGCGGCUGGCGGUGUGACGACCCAACUCUUCCUUCUCGGCAUGGCGGUGUCAUUGUGGUUCUUGGGCGUGUGCUUGCUCACUUUGGCUUAUGUCAACCCUUCCAGCCAAGCCAUGUCCCGGGCCGCCAUGCCAUUCGGACUGUUACGCAGGGAACUGGCAUGCGAGGGUUACCCCAUUGAACUUCGCUGCCCUGGGAGUGACGUGGUGAUGGUGGAGACCGCCAACUACGGCCGCACCGAUGACAAGAUUUGUGACGCAGAGCCCUUCCAGAUGGAGAAUACACAGUGUUACCUUCCCGAUGCACUGAAGAUAAUGUCUCAGAGGUGUAACAACAGGACGCAGUGUGUGGUGGUGGCAGGGGUGGACGUUUUCCCAGACCCUUGUCCCGGAACAUACAAAUACCUGGAGAUUCAAUACGAAUGUGUCCCUUAUAAAGUGGACCAAAAAGUUUUCGUCUGUCCCGGAUCACUGCUCAGCAUCCAGCCACCUUCUUCUCAGCUGGAGGCAGAACAUCAGUCAGGGGCAUGGUGUAAGGACCCCCUGCAGGCUGGUGAUAGACUAUAUGUCAUGCCGUGGACACCGUACAGGACCGAAGUUCUGUACGAAUAUGCUUCAUGGGACGACUACAGGCAGAACCGGGUCACCACUACCUAUAAGCUGCCAAGUCGAGUGGACGGUACAGGUUUCGUGGUGUAUGACGGUGCCGUGUUUUAUAACAAGGAACGCACGCGCAACCUGGUCAAGUAUGACCUGCGAACACGCAUUAAAAGCGGCGAGGCAGUGGUGGUCAAUGCCAACUACCACGACACGUCGCCUUACCGCUGGGGAGGGAAGUCAGACAUCGAUUUGGCAGUGGAUGAGAACGGCCUCUGGGUAAUCUACUCGACCGAAGCCAAUAAUGGACGCAUUGUGGUCAGCCAGGUGAACCCGUACACUCUUCGCUUUGAGGGAACAUGGGCCACGGGCUUUGAUAAACGUGGGGCGAGCAACGCCUUCAUGGCCUGUGGCGUGCUCUACGCAGUGCGCUCAGUCUUCCAGGAUGACGAGGGGCAGGCGGAUGGCCGUGUAGGCAAUGAUAUGGUGGUGUAUGCCUAUGACACCAGCCGGGGGCAAGAGCUGCCCAUUCAGAUCCCCUUUCCCAAUCCCUAUCAGUACAUCUCCUCCAUAGACUACAACCCUCGAGACAACCAGUUGUAUGUGUGGAAUAACUAUUACGUUCUACGGUACCCGCUUCAGUUCACACCGCCACCGCCAACUAAAGGGCCCCUUUCUUCCCUAAUGACAACCGUGCGCUCCUACACAGCAACUGUUGCGCUGACUCCUGUGCGCCCGUCAGCCUCCCACCCAGUGGGUGUCAUCAACCGAGGGCCCUUUGACCAAAGGCCAAUAACAGCCAUGGUCCCCCUGACCCCCCGCCCGCCUUUGCGUGUUCCUUUGGCCCCUGGGGGCCCUGGACACGUGGGUGGAUGUGAAGGUAGAGUGGCUCGAGGGGUACAGUGGCCCCCUACUCUGAAAGGGGAAACAGUAGAGAGGCCCUGCCCCAAAGGGUCACUUGGUAUAGCGUCCUAUGAGUGCAUGAUGUCACCAGUGAGCUGGAACUCCAGAGGUCCUGACCUAUCGAACUGUACCUCUCCCUGGGUCAGCCAAAUUGCACAGAAGAUUAAAAGUGGAGAGAAUGCAGCAAACAUAGCCGGGGAGCUGGUCAACCUGACCCGGGGGCGGAUCUAUGCUGGUGAUGUCAGCAUGUCUGUAAAGUUAAUUGAACAGCUAUUGGACAUUUUGGACUCCCAGCUUCAGGCCUUGAGACCAGCAAAUAAAGAGUCUGCGGCACGCAAUUACAACAAGCUUCAGAAAAGGGAACGAACAUGCAGAGCGUAUGUGCAGGCUGUGGUUCAGACUGUAGAUAACUUGUUGGGUCCCGAGGCUUUGGUGUCCUGGGCUGACAUGAGCGGUCCCGACCAGUCCCGCUCUGCAUCACUCUUGUUAGAUGCGGUGGAAAAAGGAGCAUUCUUAUUAGCUAACAACCUCUACGAAGGUCGAUUCAGUGACAGAGCACCAAAUGUCGAUCUGGAGGUGUAUGUGCUGAACACAGAGGCGGACAUACAGGACCUAACGUUCCCUCACUCCUACGAUAGUGACAGCAUUCUGCAGAUUUCGGCGGUGGCUCUGCAGCAAUACAGCAAUAAUGGCCAAGUGAAAUUGGUCCUCUCACUGUAUAAGAACUUGGGCUCCUUCCUGACCACCCAGAACUCCACAUUGCGGCUCGGCCUAGGACUCGGACAGGGGUCAGAGGUCAGGCAUAGGAGCCUGGUGGUCAACUCCCACGUCAUUUCUGCUUCCGUACACAGAGGCUCCAAUAGAGUGUUCCUCUCUGAGCCUGUAGUGUUCACUCUACGCCACUUGCAGCUGGACAACCACUUUGGUCCCAACUGCUCUUUUUGGAAUGCCUCGGGGGUGUCUGGCACUGGCAGGUGGUCCACACAGGGAUGCCGCUUGUUACACACCAACAAUACGCACACAACCUGUGCUUGCAACCACCUUUCCAGCUAUGCUGUACUCAUGAUGUACCAGCAACCUGCGUCUGGUGUAGGAGUAGAGGAGCUUCUGGUUUAUGUUGUCUCCUGGGUGGGCAUUUCUGUUGCUCUGGUGUGUUUGGCCACCUGUCUCACUACUCUAUGCUGCCAGGCGGCUCCCUGCCAAUCUGACCACAGCACCAUUCAUUGCAACAUGUGGGCUAACCUGCUCAUAACUGAGCUGCUCUUCCUCGUUGGAUCCAAUAAGAUGCAAUAUACUGUUGUGUGCUCCAUCAUCGCUGGCCUGCUGCACUUCUCAAUGCUGUCAGUGUUCUGCUGGUUGUGCCUGGAAGCAGUGGAACUGUACAUUUUGCAGCGUGAGGUGUUUGAGGGGCGGAACUCCAGGCGCAAGUAUUUAUACUUGAGUGGGUAUACAGUACCCGUGGUGGUGGUGGCUGUGUCUACAGCCAUUGACUUCAGAGGCUACAGCUCAAAAACUUCCUGCUGGCUGCGAACUGACACUUAUUUCAUUUGGAGUUUCCUCGGACCGGUGGCUGUGAUUAUCACACUAAAUCUUGUAAUUUUAGUGAUGACCUUACAUAAGAUGCACAGCACUGCUGCCUUGAAGCCAGACUCCAGUCGCCAUGACAACCUGAGGGCGUGGGCAGUGGGCUCGUUGACGUUGCUCUUCCUGCAGUGUGUCAACUGGUCCUCAGGGCUUAUGUUCCUGUCAGCACCCUCUCUCCUCCUGGCUUACCUCUUCGCCUCCCUUAAUACAGCACAGGGCCUCCUCAUCACCAUCCUGCACUGCACCCUCACUAGAAAGGGUCAAAAAGACUACGGCCGAUGUCUCCGCCUCUCCCAGUGCUGUGCAACUUCUUCGUCCAGCUCUCCGGACUCGAUGAAAGGCGCCGCGCUGCGCUCCAACAGCCGCUACAGCAGCAACCAGGGACGGAGAGCCACGGCUAUCAGACAGAGUCGUAUUAGGAGGAUGUGGAAUGACACAGUGCGAAGACAGACUGAGUCAUCUUUCAUCGCUGCUGAUGUUAACAGCACCCCAACUCUUAACAGAGCUGCACUGGGGAAUCAUUUCCUGACAAAUCCAGUCCUGCAGACUCACACAGGAGCCUCUCCUUAUGACACCAUGUUGGCGCAGGGAUAUAAUCAACCCUUCACGGCCACAGUUGGAACCUUCCGAAACAAGAAGGGUGGUGUGUCGCAGAGCCAAGAAUCUUGCGGAUUGGACAGCGUCUGUCUCAACGGAGGCUACACUCCCAAUACCUUCACCCUACACGGGCUCGGGGCCAUGCCUGGAUCUCGAGCUGGAGUGGUGGGAAGCACUGACCUUCUGAAGGAAGGUGGCAUCGGCAUGGGAGAUGAUGACAUUUCCCCAGGCCUUCUGACCCCUCACGGAGCCGCAGAUCUCAGCACCGCCGCCGGAAUGCGCCGUAACCUGUCUGACGCGGCUGCCCUGGAGAAGAUGAUCAUUUCUGAACUGGUGCAGAGCAACCUGAGGCCUUCGGGCGAUAUGCCCGUCCCUCCGGAGCGCUAUGGAAGCCUGGCCAGACCUCAUCAUCUGGACAGAGCGGCCCUCGCUCAUACCGCCACAUUGACUAGGCACGCACAGCAACCCCAGGAGGGCUGGGCGGCAACCAUACAGCCUACCACUCGACACAACGCACAAGAAGGUUGGCCGCAUUUGAGGCACCACCUACAAGGUGCUGAGACACAUUCCACAUCACACGACCAAGAUCAUUGCACAACACCGCGCUCGCAAGAUGGGUGGUCAAACGCACGUACUCCGGUAGAUGCUGAUUCCCGGGAGCUGUUUAAAGAUGGGGAGAGGCUGCAGCUGCAAGGCACUUUGGGUCGUCGCGGGAUCCAGGAGAGGCAGCAAGCACGUCCCCCUGAUGUUCAGGCUAGGCCGUACUCCACCUUAAGCCGCACCCCGGGUACACUGUCCCGCCACCGCAGCACAGCAGAGUCGUCCGGGGGGACAGACAAAGACAGAGAGCGAGAUCGUGAUCGUUACCGUGACAGACCCUUGCCGCCUCCUCCACCGCCACCCCCUCAGGAGUCAGAGCCUUUAUAUAAAGCUCUAGAGGAGCCUCUUCUGAUGAAACAGAGGGACGGCAGUGUGGACGCUUGGCGAGGAGGACAGGACAGGGAGAAAGAUGAGACCUACCUCCUAAAAAGAGAUGGACUCAUGGAUGAGUGGAGAGGAGGUAACAGAGCAAGGGAGGAGUCUUUUACCUCUCAAAAGAGAAAUGGCGACAUAGCUGAGUGGAGAGGUGGAACAGAGAGAGGAAGGGAGGAACCUCAUCUUCUGGAGAAGAGAGAUGGAAGGAUUGAUGCCUGGCGAGGCGCAGCGGAAACGGAGCGGGAAGAAACCUUCAUUACUCAGAGAAAAGAUUUUGGGAUCGACGGCUGGAGAGCUGGGAUGGAGAGAGACAAGGACAGAGACGGUUGGAGAUCGGGAAUAGAACGAGAAAAUGACAAACAGAAAGACAGAGCGCUGGAUGUGUGGCGUGGGGGAGUUGAUGUAGACCGAGAGGAGUCUUUCUUGUUUGAGAGCAAUGGCGGUGUUCUGGAUGGGAGGAAAAGAGGAAAAGAAAGAGGGUCUCUAAGGUAUCAUGGCGACCGGGAGGAUUCCGAUGGAUUUACUCUGCCUCUUACCCCUGAUCUUGACCUCGACCCCAAUACCUCACCUCUCUAUGCCCAUGAUUCAAACCCGUCGCCACUCUACCCCGGAGACCGUCGAUCCCCACCAAUGGGUCUGUUCUCACGAAGCUCCCCCCCGACUAACAUCUUUGCUCCGCGAGACACAAAUUCUCCUCCCAACAACCUCUACCCUCGCCAGUCGCCCCAAGUGUACAGCCGUAGUAGCUCCCCUCCUCGCUUCUACAGCCGUACCUCCCCUCCGACCCUCUCCUACCCUGACAGCAGCCCCGAAGGUCCAGAAGAGCUCAGCCCCAGCAGCCCGCCCCAGCAGCCCACCCUGGAGUUGCCCUACAGCCUCGGGAGACCCCCCCUCGGCCCACGGCCCAAUCACCUGCAGACCUUUUAUCAGCCACCGCCGACGACCACUAACGGAGAGGCGAUGUACACAUGCGAGCCCUCUUCGGAAGGAGAAGACGGUCAGAUGCAGAGAGUGACGAGCCUGUGACUAGGGCGGUGGUGAUCGGGGCAUAGAAACCAGGGAGGUGGAGAAAAGCACAACCCGCACAGUUGGUCAAACGGUACCGUUGAUGAUGAUGACGACGAUGCAUCUCAAUUAGCCGAUGAUAUCAGAGACGGCUCCUCCCUGCUUCUAUCUCCCGAUCACCACGAGACGCCCUCCGCCCCCUUCUCAUGUUUUGUUACUUUUCUAGAAUUGUGACUCAUUCAUCCCAACUCUUCCUCUGCUCUCCUUCCUUCCACCCCUGCCGUGUCUUUCCACCUCAUCAGUGCUUUAUUUAAUAUUGGCCCGUUAUUGAACUUUAUCUGCGCACUAGCUGAGUGUCUCUAGGCCUGUCACGAUAAUUACUAUACCGACUUAUCGAUACAUAAAACUUGCAUCAUGUUCUUUCCCUCCCUCUGUAAGCAACGUAGCAAAGUAACGCUCUGCUAAUACAUGUACAUGAAAACAGACGGCGUGGAAAAUUGUGUGCAAUACUGCAUUUUU